CGGAAGUUUACCCCGGACGUUUGCCCCAGAUUGUGUCUCUAUCUCUCUUGAUCUUACCUCUUCCUCAGGUUAGGCAGGCAGAGUCAAAUUCGUUAUCAUGUGGACCACCACCUCCGGCUGGCGGGGCAGGAAGCUUCAUAUUGCCAUCACUUUUACUUCGGUUGUUGGCUUCUCGUUGUUCGGAUAUGAUCAGGGCUUGAUGUCGGGGAUCAUUUCCGCCGAUAAAUUCUCCAGGGAGUUCACCGCGCUGUACAUCCCCCCCAAGACCGAUCCCGCCUAUUCCAAGUCUCUGGACGAGCACGUGAACGUUCUGCGCGGCGCAGUCACCUCUUGCUACGAACUGGGUUGUUUCUUCGGUGCCAUCUUCACGUUAUGCUUUGGCGAGCGAACCGGUCGCACCCCGUUGCUGGUCGCCGGUGGUGCCCUUAUGGUCGUCGGCACGGUCAUCUCCACGGCUUCUUACGGUCAUGCCUGGGGCCUGGGCCAGUUCGUCAUCGGCCGUGUCAUCUCGGGUCUGGGGAAUGGUAUGGACACUGCCACUAUUCCCGUCUGGCAGUCGGAGUGUUCCAAGGCCCAUAACCGUGGCUUUUUGGUCUGUUUUGAAGGCGCCAUUAUCGCCGUUGGUACCUUCAUUGCUUACUGGAUCGACUUCGGUCUCUCCUAUGUCGACUCCUCCGUCCAAUGGCGUUUCCCUGUGGCCUUCCAGAUUUGUUUCGCCCUUCUUAUUAUUCUCGGUGCGCUGAUGCUGCCUGAGUCUCCGCGUUGGUUUAUUAUGCGUGGCCACGACGAGCAGGCGAUUCAGGUUCUGGCCCAUCUCAACGAUAGCUCCCCUGACGCCGAGGACGUUCUCAACGAUUAUAAUCUUAUGAAGGCCGACUUGAAAACCACCGAGAACGCUAAAGCAAGCUGGAAGACUCUUUUCACCUUUGGUAAAACUCAGGAAUUUCAGCGAAUGAUGAUCGGUUGCUCUGGCCAAUUCUUCCAGCAGUUUACUGGCUGUAACGCUGCCAUCUACUAUUCGACGGUGCUCUUCGAGCAGAAUCUCAACAUGGAACAUAAGAUGGCCAUGAUUCUUGGUGGCGUGUUCUCAACCGUCUAUGCUCUCGCUACUAUCCCUUCUUUUUUUAUGAUCGAGAAAGUUGGCCGCCGGAAUCUGUUCUUGAUCGGUUUCAUCGGCCAGGGUCUCAGCUUUAUCCUCGCUAUGGGUUGUCUGAUCCCUGGCACGGAGUCCGCCUCUAAAGGUGCGAUUGUCGGUAUCUUCGUCUUUAUCUGCUUUUUCGCCUUUACCACGCUGCCCUUGCCAUGGAUCUACCCACCUGAGAUCAACCCCCUGCGCACGCGUACUAUGGCUGCUUCUGCGUCGACCUGCACCAACUGGAUCACUAAUUUUGCCGUGGCUAUGUUUACGCCUGUGUUCUCUUCCACUAGUGGGUGGGGUAUGUAUCUAUUCUUUGCCCUGGUCAACUUCAUCGCUAUUCCAUUUGCCUGGUUUUUCUAUACGGAAACUGCGGGCCGGGAUCUGGAAGAGAUUGACAUCAUCUUUGCCAAGGCUCAUAUUGAGAAGAAAUGGCCCUACCAGGUGGCAAAGGAGCUGCCCAAGCUCAGCUUCGACCAGAUUGCUCAGAUGCAGGUUGAGGUUGGGCUGGAUGUGUUGGACCAGCACCGCACUUCGGAGACCGAGAAGGCUGAGAUCGCCGUGAGCAGCGGGGAGAGCGAGACUAAACAAGCCUAG